CUCUCUACACUGCUCCUCCGCCCCUCCUCUUUCUUGCACAGAGGGGGGAGGGGCAGGGACAGACACUCACUCUUCAACAAACAUGGAGGAAGCAACAACGUCUGCGGAGCGUGCGGAGGAGGAAUUGAUGAUGUGUGUGUGUUUGUUUCUGAGCGGACGAGUUUCUCCGACGCAGUUAACCUGUGAAACACUGAUGCUGCUGUCAACCAACCUGACAGCGAGGAUGUUGGUGUUCCUGAACCAGACGUUUGGCAUUAGAAACAGCUCAGGUGUGUUCUGUGACCUGUCGGUGGAUGGGAUAGGAACCUGUUGGCCUCUCAGUGCAGCCGGACAGCUGAUCUCCAGACCGUGUCCCGAACAGUUCAAUGGCAUCCACUACAACACCUCCAACCGGGUAUUCAGAGAGUGUCAGACCAACGGCAGCUGGGCUCCACGAGGAAACUACAGUCAGUGCACCGAGAUCAUCAUCAUGAGGAAGACUAAGCUUCAUUAUCAGGUCGCUGUGAUCAUCAACUACCUCGGUCACUGUUUCUCUCUCGGGGCUCUGCUGCUCGCAUUCACACUCUUCCUCAGACUCAGGAGUAUUCGCUGUCUGAGGAACAUCAUCCACUGGAAUCUGAUCUCAGCGUUCAUCCUGAGGAACGCAACCUGGUUCAUUGUCCAGUUAACCAUGAACCCUACUGUUACCGAGGGCAACCAGGUGUGGUGCCGGCUGGUGACGGCAGCGUAUAAUUAUUUCCACGUGACAAACUUCUUCUGGAUGUUUGGGGAAGGCUGUUAUCUGCACACUGCCGUCGUCCUCACCUACUCCACCGACAAACUCAGGAAGUGGAUGUUCAUCUGCAUCGGCUGGGGUAUUCCCUUUCCGAUCAUCGUGGCCUGGGCUUUCGGGAAGCUUUACUACGACAACGAGAAGUGCUGGUUUGGAAAGAAGGCGGGAGUUUACACUGACUACAUCUACCAAGGCCCUAUGAUCCUCGUCCUGCUGAUCAACUUUGUCUUCCUGUUCAACAUCGUUCGGAUCCUCAUGACCAAACUAAGAGCGUCCACAACCUCCGAGACCAUCCAGUACAGGAAGGCGGUGAAGGCGACCCUGGUGCUGCUGCCCCUGUUAGGGAUCACCUACAUGUUGUUCUUUGUGAAUCCUGGAGGAGAAGACGAGCUUGCUCAGAUCGUCUUCAUCUACUUCAACUCCAUCCUCGAGUCCUUCCAGGGUUUCUUUGUUUUUCUCAACAACAGCGAGGUGCGCUCUGCAGUCAGGAAGCGUUGGAUUCGUUGGCAGGACCGUCACUCCCUACGCAGCCGGGCGGUGCGUGCCUCAUCGCUGCCGACCUCAGCGAGCAGAGUCUCCUUCCACAGCAUCAAACAGACCUCCGUCCUCUGACAGAUCCCCCCCCCUCUGACACCCCCCACCCUCUGACAGAGCCCCACCGCAGACGUGUCAGUCAGCCCCUUAGCCUCUUAGUCAGCAGGGGGUGCUCUGACACUCUGAAAAUGUCAGUGAACACAGCAAAGAGAUUGGGCGCUGCUCCGACACUCUGAAUAUGUCCCUGAACGCAGCAAAGACAGCGGCAGGGCGCUCUGACACUCUGAAUAUGUCCCUGAACGCAGCACAGACACCCUGGGGCGCUCUGUCACUCUGAAAAUGUCAGUGAACGCAGCAAAGACACCGGGGGGUGCUCUGAACAUGUCCCUGAACGCAGCAAAGACAGCGGAAGGGCGCUCUGACACUCUGAACAUGUCCCUGAACGCAGCACAGAUAACGCAGUUCUAAAGUCUGUACUUGUCCUCUAAGAGCUCUAACAUACAGGCUCUAUUCAUAGAAAUAUAGAAUCUCUCUGGACACUAAAACUAAAUCUGACAUAACAGAUUGUUUGGUGAUUAUAUAUUGUAUAUUAUUUGCAACCCAAACAUGAAUAAAUGCAGGAUUUUAUCUUUAA